GGGAAAAAAAAAUGCGGCGGUGGCGAACGACGCAACACAUGCAGGCGGCGCGGGGAUGACCAUGUGCGGGGCGGCGGCGGCGGUGGGUACGCUGGUCGUCGUCGUCGUGGUCUCCGUCCUGUGAACAAAGAAGCAGGUCGUCUCCGCAGUAGCAGCGCCGGGGCGGUUCCAUCGCCCGCGGGCGGCCGGCUGGCCCCGAUCGGCGCUUAUACUUAAAAGGACGGGUGGUCAGCCCAAGGGAAGCCAGUGCGCGAGAGCGACUUGCACCGGAAGCCCCGCGCCGCUGCUGCUACCGUCACUGCCCUCGCCGUUGCCGCCGCCGCCGCAGCCACCCAGGGCGCCAUGAUAGCUUUCCUGAGCGUCAUCCUCGUCGCGUCUCUCGGACCACACGUCCGAGCGGGAGAUGCUUCCCACAGCAGUUCUGGUGGAUCUUCAGCAUCCGGCACGCCAGUCUACAAGCUAGCUCAAGGACUCGGGCCUUCACCAAACCAUGGCCAACCGGUCAAGGUGCCCGCUGCAGUGUUCGCCUCCAGUGCUGGAGCAGCCGCCGCGCAAGCGGGCGGCCCGGGGCCGUCUGGCUACCCUGGCGCAGGCGCCCACGGUGCACCCGGCGUGCACUUGAACGCCGGCGCCCCUCCCGCCGGCGGCGGGGCCGGUUACGGCUUCGCUCCUGGCUAUGGCUACAACCCGGCAGGCGCUGGAGGACCAGCAGCAGGAGCCGGUGGCUACCCUAGAGCUCUCCUGCCUCAAGCGUACGCUGGUGCCGCAGGCGGCGGCCACCAACAGCUGGUAGCCAUUGGUGGGCCUUCCUACGGCGCCGGAGCACCGGGAUACGGCGCCGGAGGACCUGCAGCAGCCUACCCGGCGGGACACCCAGGUCCAGCGGGAGCUCUCGGUCCGGUGUCUCUGGGGGGAUACGGAGGAGCUCACGGAGGUGCGGCGGGCUACGGUGGAGCUCACGGAGGUCCGGCGGGAUACGGCGGAGCUCAUGGAGGUGUGGUGGGAUACGGCGGAGCUCACGGAGGUGCGGCGGGAUACGGCGGAGCUCACGGAGGUGCGGCGGGAUACGGCGGAGCUCAAGGAGGUGCGGCGGGAUACGGCGGAGAUCACGGAGGUGUGGCAGGUGCGCAUGUGGCUGGACCUCAGGCGUACGGACUGAUCGGCCAGGGUUACGGCGGGGGACACGUGGGCUCUCCCGGUACAGCCUUCGGUAGUGCGGCAGCUGGACCAGGAGGGCACGCUGGUGGUGGCCCCGCCGUCUACGCCCUGCCUCCGUCUGCCGCAGGCGGCCACGUGCAUGGAGGAGCCCUUCACGCCGGAGCAUAUCCUGGCGGUGGCGGUGGCGCGUACCUUGGCGCAGCCGGGGGUCAUGCGGCUGGGCUGCCCGCUGGUCUCGCAGGACAAGGUGGACACGUCGUCCAGUUCGCCGGCGGACCGGUCGGCCAGUACCCUCUCGGCCAGGGUGCCGGCCAAGCUGGCGUUCCCCUGCACGCCCUCGGCCACGGGGGUGGCUACGGCGGUCAGGUGGCCGGAUUCGCGGGGCCAUCGCUAGUCGCUGGUCCAGGAGCAGCAGCUGGUCACGGGUAUGGCGGGCCGGUAGGUGCGGCUCCCGGAUACCAUGGACAUCCCGGUCACGCUGUCGGCGGUCUGCAUCCCGCGCUAGCGGGAGGAGCCGGCGGAGCCGCUGCUAAGUCCGGCGCCACUGGACAGGCCGGUCUCGGAGUCACGUACGGCGGCCAAGGGAAGCAGAAAUCAUCCAGAUGAACACAACAUUCAUAGUUAGGGUUGUUUUGAAUGAAGCACUGAAGACUGCGCGGGGAAUGCGGAAGAAAAAUAAGGGAAGAGAUAAAGUUCGUUGUAUAGUAUGCCUGAGCGCGCUCUAUUGAAUGCCGCUAAAGCAGUAUAGUGCAAGGGAGAAUUUGUAUUCUGAUUUAAAUUCUGAACUCAUGCAUCUUCUUUCGCCAUUCGAAUCUACGUUAGCCUGAUAGACUAAAGCAUGAAAAAGAAACGUUAAUUCGCUCUGAUUCAGAUUGUACAGCAAAAUUGCAAACAGGGGAUUCUUUAUCUCAACAGAGUUUCCCUAUUGAGUGUACUGUACUACGCAUAGUCGCCUCCAUCUUGUUCGAUACGCCACCACCAACAUCGUGGGCUCCAUUAAACACAUUACUGACACCCAA